AUGGAUGUAGGGGCUGAUCCGUCUCGGUGGAUGCACCACCAUGCCGUACUAAACGGCCAACACCCGGACUCGCACCACCCCGGUCUUUCGCACAACUACAUGGAGCCCACCGCACAACUUCUGCCUCCGGACGAGGUGGAUGUUUUCUUUAACCAUCUUGACUCGCAGGGAAACCCGUACUACCACAACUCCGCUCAUGCGCGGGCCAGAGUGUCCUACAGCCAAGCUCACGCUCGCCUAGCUGGGGGUCAGGUCUGCCGGCCACAUCUCAUCCAUAGCCCGGGAAUUUCAUGGCUAGAGCCGGGCAAAGCAGCCCUCUCAGCGGCCCACCAUCACAACGCAUGGGCGGUCAGUCACUUCAGCAAGACCGGGCUGCAUUCCUCAGGCUCCGGGGCUUCAGGCGGCCUAUAUCCCUGCAGCAGCAACGCCAGCACGGCCUCCGCCUCCUCGUUAACACCCGCAUCCCAUUCGAGUCCACAUCUCUACAGUUUCCCCCCUACCCCGCCGAAAGACGUCUCCCCAGACCCCGGGGCCGCCUCUCCCUUGUCCUCUACCCCGAGAAUGGACGAGAAGGAGUCUAUCAAGUACCAAAUGUCCCUUUCUGACGGCAUGAAGAUGGAGGGUUCCAGUCCUCUCCGAAGCAGCCUGGCAUCAAUGAGCGCCCAGACCCCCUCCACGCACCACCCCAUACCGACCUACCCCACGUACUCUCUCCCAGCAGCGCAUGACUACGGGGGCAGUCUGUUCCACCCUGGCAGCCUACUCGGAGGAUCGUCCUCCAGCUUCACCCCGAAAUGUAAAAGCAAAACUCGGUCGUGCUCAGAGGGGCGUGAGUGUGUCAACUGUGGAGCCACCUCUACCCCACUGUGGCGAAGGGAUGGUACGGGCCACUACCUGUGUAACGCCUGUGGCCUGUACCACAAGAUGAACGGUCAGAACCGACCCCUCAUCAAGCCCAAACGUAGACUGUCUGCGGCCAGACGAGCCGGCACCUGUUGUGCUAACUGUCAGACAACCACCACCACACUGUGGAGGCGCAACGGCAAUGGAGACCCCGUGUGCAACGCCUGCGGCCUGUACUACAAGCUGCACAACGUAAACCGGCCUUUGACCAUGAAGAAGGAAGGCAUCCAGACACGCAACCGCAAGAUGUCCAACAAGUCCAAGAAGGGCAGGCGGGGCGGUGAUGGUUAUGAGGAGCUGUCCAAGUGUAUGCACGACAAGUCUUCUCCUUUUAGUGCUGCCUCCCUGGCCGGACACAUGACCCACAUGGGCCACCUGCCACCCUUCAGCCACUCCGGACACAUGUUGCCCACCCCCACACCCAUACACCCCUCCUUCGGCCACCCCCACCACUCCAACAUGGUCACAGCCAUGGGCUGAGCUGGGGAGGACAGGGAGGCACAGGGGAAGUGAAGGUUGUUCAGGUUUCUAAUCGGGGUUGAGGGUCAGAUAGGCCUCUGGCUUGAGGACAAUGUAUAAAAUGUUAAAGACAUGCAUUUGGUGUGUCUGUGUUGAUUGUCUUGUUGUAUUCAUGCAUUCCACAUUGCGCCACAAUAUUGUUUUGAACGUUCGUUUUAGGACUAUGCCCAACUGAGCAUAAUACUCAAUGCAUCCUCAUUGGGAGUUGAUGAAGAUUUGGUUUAUAGUGCAUUACUGUGGCUUGAAAACACAAUGACUUCUAAAGAAGGCAAAUAAUUAGUAGGAAAACAUUUUGUCAUCAUUUUGAUGUCCCGAGAUUGACUUUAGAGUAUAACGCUAGCUAGCUAGCUAAGAUUGAGGGGAGACCUCCAGAUUUUAGCUAGCUAACGUUAGCAUUGCUAGCUAUUUUUUACAAACUUUGCUAGCUAAUUACAACAUUGCCAUCUGUCUAAAGUACAUUUGAUAACAUGAUGAUGAUGGCAAAGUUGUUUUCUACUAAAUAUGUGAAUACCUUAGCAAUGUCAUCAUAUUCCCAAGCCCCUAUAGUGUAAUUUAGACAAAAAAAUCAUUAGCCCCUGUUCUACAUUUAAGCAUCAAUAUGGCUGUGGCGUCUGUAGAUUGUUGAUAACAAUGGCAGUGUGUGACGGAGUGACUGAGGUGCAAUCUAUGAAUAGAGAGGCUGUAAAGGGUCCAGGGGGUAUAUGGGGAACCAGGCAGCAUCCACAGCAUCCACUGAUGGGUGGAUGGGAGGCGGUCAUUUUCCUUUCUAUUAGGUACCCGCUUAGACCAGAUAUAGACUACACCUACACCCAUCCCCAUGCAUAUACCGUCUCCCACCUCUCUCCCGUCCUGUUGCAGUGGUACUGUAUGUGCCGAGCAGGUCUCUAGUAACUGUGAAUAAUGUAAAUGUGUGAUAUACUGGGGUGGUGAAGACAGAGCAAUUCCCUUCACACUGUUUAAUAAAUAUAUGCUGGAUUUCUGCUCAAUGACUUCUACUAUUUUUAAUGGACAUUACAAUGAAAAAAAUAA